UUACGAAACUUCUAAUAGAUGUAAUGUUAUGAGGAUAUGUGCUAUGAUAUCAUGUAAGCUAUAAAAUAACAAUCUGAGAGACAUAUCGUGUUCACCUGCAUGUGAGUGAUGCUGAUUGUUCGAGGGAGACCUACAAUUAGUCAGAUACAGUCCAAAAGUGGAAAGUCCAGUUGAAAAUCUUUUUUGGAGUAUAUCAAAUGAUCAAGAGAAUGUCCUCAAGAAAGCUUCAACUAUCCAGAUAUGUCCUUAUGGUACUGGAGAGCGAGUUGAAGGAGACAACAAAAGCCCUGGAAGAGAAUGACAUCAGAGCAUUGCUGGAAACGGACAGUAAACCAUCCAGUCCCAGGGAGACAAUCAUUGGAUACCCUUCCUACCCACUGUACAGGGAGAUAGGCAAUAUGCUGCAGCUAUGGAUGGAGAAUAAAUAUUGUCCAGUGCUAGAUCUACCAAAAUAUGAUCUUCUGGAUGAAAAAUCCUACACUCAGGCAAGAGAGGCCAAUUUUAAGACUAUCACCCCAUUGUUGGAGGGCCUACUGACCCUAUGGGAGCUUUGGGGUGAGGAGGAAAUAGCACACAGGGUCAAGGAUAUACUUCUAAUUCUGGGAAAGAGGGGCAUGCUGGAUUUAUUGGGAGUAAGAAAGACAGUGGGCACUCAGGAAAUUUGGCCGGCCAGUCGAGAAUGCCUGGAAAGAUCCUUCACAGAAAAACACAGUCCCAAUGCAGAGAUCAGUGUCGGGGCCAGAGCACUGUCCAAACACUACCACAGAGACAAUUCAACCUCAUGGUGGGGAGGCUGCACAGGAACUGAAAAACAGAAGAAUGAAUAUGCAUUGUCAAUAGUGAACAAAAUUUUAGACAAUGCGACCUGGAUUAACAUUCACUGGUUACCACAUGAUGUGUACAUACUAGAAGUCAGGCAGGAGGAAGGGUAUGGUGCGAGGUGGACAGCAGAUGGUUCUUCUUUUAGAGGUUUCCUGGAGCCGCAAAUGGUGGAUGGCCAUGCAGUGGGCUGGAAACACUGAACUCUCUAUGUAGCUAUAAAGAGUUUACAGUAUGAUUGUCUACAGAAAGUUUACAGUAUAAUAGUCUCUGGUGACUUUUACAGUAUGAUAUAGAGAUUUUACAGUAUGACAUUAUAUUUAUACGAGUUUACAGUAUGAUACACUUUAAAAGAGUUUACAAUAUGAUGAUUUCUUAAGAGUUUAGAGUGUGAAUGUGUUUACAGUACAGUGUGAUAGUGUAUAUUGAGUUUGUUUACAGUGUAAUAGUUUAAAGAGAGUUUACAAUAUGAAAGUGUAUAUUGAGUUCGUUUACAGUUAAAUUCUAUAGAGUUUACAGUAUGAAAGUUUAUAUUGAGUUUGUUUACAGUAAAGGACAUACGCAAGGUACCUUACCUGCUGAUAAUUUUUCAAGAUAUUGUAAAUUUAAGCUUAUAAUACCAUUACAUGUUCUUAGACAAAAAAUCAGCAUGUAAUACCAGGGGUUUUGAAAAGAUAUAAAAUUAUGAAAUUUUUCGCAUUAUUCAAAGAAAAAUGUACAAAAAUUACAAAACAUAAAUUCCAGAUUUUUUAAAAUCAAAAUUUGUUUGAGAAGAGGUGUACAAAUCCAUAUAUAGACAUUAAAAGUAUUGCACACAGGUCCUUCAUUUAGUGGAACUCUUCAACUCCAGGGAAGAACCCAUUAAUGUGAGAAGAACAUUGCGUAUGACCUUUUAAGAUUUCACAUUUUAUACAGUGUGUUAAGUCCAUGGCAAACAUGGAUUUUAUUAGUCCAUUUGUCUGUCUGAUUCUUUUUAAACUUUUCCAUUUUAACUUCUAAUUUUAACCAAAGUUUAUACAAAGCAUCCUUGGGUAAAGGGAAGUUUAAAUUGUUAAAAAAAAAUGAAAGAUCAAGAAAAUGAAGGCUAAUCAAGUGAAGACAAAAAUAGAAUGGGGUCAUAAAAAAAUCUUCUAGAGAACCACUGGGUCAGAAAAGCUGAAAGUUAUAAGGAAGCAUCCUGGGUUUAGUGUAGAUUCUAAAUAUGACUCCCGGGGUUAGGAUGGGCCACUAUAGGGAAUCCAAGUUUGACAUUGAAAUGUAAAGGAAAAAUCUGAGCAUCCUACUCUUUUUUCCCUUCAGCGGGGGACAUAAGUUCUCUGAAUUAGCUUGUUUCCUCAUAAGCGCUCAUUCAGAACUGUACACUACCAUAUUAUUCGAAGUUUUUGUUGCUUGGUGUCUCAUUUCAAUUACUCAGCAGAAAAGCUUUAUGAAAUCCCUUAAGAAGUUCUUUUGGUUCAUGAUACUGUAUUUUGUUCUGCCCUUGUCUGAUCAUUACAUGAUCAUUACAUAAACCAACUUAAAGAAGAUUUUUUUUAGUCAUACCGCUAAUGAUGUAUUGGAGAGAAUUAUAUCACAUCAGUGCAGCCUACCCAGACAAUGUAAUGAGACCUUUACUAAAUAAUUACUCUUUUGAAAUACAAUGUGUCUCUGUGUUUCUUUUUAGAAUUUAAUAAAAGUAAAUGUAUGCCAGAAAAAAUUGUGAAGAAAUGUUGAAAAAUUAAUUGCAUGUAUGGUAUAAUUUAGCAUUGUAUAAUAUUUUUUUCUGUGAUAUUGUAAAUAAUGGAAUAAAAUCUGAUGUAAUGAUGUAAAAACAG